CUCCAAGAGAAAUUAAAGUGGCUGCCAAACACUUCCUACUUUCCGUCUCCCUCUCCCAGUCUCCCUCUCGCUCUCGCUGUCUCUCUUGUCUGUCUCUCACCCACCACAUAACCAGUCACCACCACCGUGCCCCACCGCUAGUUGCCGCCUGCGGAGGCUAUAAUAUCCCCUCAUUCUCUCUCUCUCGCAGUUCGCUCGUCUCCAAUUAUCCCGCUUUAAAAAAACCCACAUAAACCCCCUUCUCUUUUUAGUCUCAAUUAUCCCUCCCUCCGCCUACUUGGCGUUUGUGGUCGGAGCGGAAACCGGACCUGCCGGCGAUGGAGAUGGCGAUAGGGAGCAGCGAGUAUCUGCGGCAGUUCGUGGAGGAAACGUCAAUGUACAACAGCAUUGUGCUGGCGAAUCUCCUGCCGGCCACCUGGUGGGCGCCACUCCCUCACUUCCUCCAGACCUGGCUCCGUAACUACAUCGCCGGCACCAUUCUCUACUUCCUCUCCGGCCUCCUCUGGUCCUUCUACAUCUACCACCUCUACCGCAACGUCUACCUCCCCAAAGAUGCUAUUCCUUCCAAUAAAGGAAUGCUGAUGCAAAUUUAUGUCGCCAUGAAAGCCAUGCCAUGGUACACUCUUCUUCCAACUGUGUGCGAGCACUUGAUCGAAAAUGGAUGGACCAAGUGUUAUUCCGGGAUAUCCGAGGUUGGGUGGAGUCUCUACCUUGUGUACCUUGCCAUAUAUCUAAUUUUUGUGGAGUUUGGGAUUUACUGGAUGCACAGAGAACUCCAUGAUAUCAAACCUCUGUACAAGUAUCUUCAUGCAACUCAUCACAUCUACAACAAGCAGAAUACUCUGUCUCCAUUUGCUGGUUUGGCCUUCCAUCCAGUUGACGGGAUCCUGCAAGCAUUGCCACAUGCACUAGCUCUCUUUAUAAUUCCGACCCACUUUAGGACACAUAUAGCUCUAUUGUUCCUGGAAGGCGUAUGGACAGCCAACAUUCAUGACUGCAUUCAUGGGAAGCUGUGGCCUGUUAUGGGUGCUGGUUACCAUACCAUUCACCACACUACUUACCGUCACAAUUACGGGCACUACACCAUUUGGAUGGAUUGGAUGCUAGGAACCCUGCGUGAACCUGAGGAAGAGAAGUCCGGGAAGGUGAACUAGGUGGCCCAUUUGGAUGGUUUGGAUGCUAGGAACCCUGCGUGAACCUGUGGAAGAGAAAUCAGGGAAGGUGAAUUAAGUGAUCUCCAUUUUGUCUUUCAUUGAAGGAAUUGGGUGGUCGGCUGUUGGAAUGGAACUGAACUUCUUCUGGUCUGUUGUGGUGUGGAUGGCUCUCUUUGUUUUAGUUUGUAAAUGGUGUUUCAAAUAGUAGUUCGACCCUUGUAAGUUUCAUUCUUUUGGGAACAAAUGCCUUUUGAAAGCCUUGAGAAGUAGAAACCCUCUGCCUCUUGUGGUUGCUGCUAGUAAUUAUAUAGGCCUUAGCUGUGUCAUUGUUUUUUAUGUGGUGACUCAAGGGCAAUCAUAUAUCUGAGUGUAAUUUAAGUUCUUGUUGAAAGCUUAAUCAAGGUGUUACCAUGGG